AUACAUAUGUUUUCCUCCAAUAAACAACUAUCGCAUUUGCUUAAAAUCGUUUAAAAUGCAAAUUAGCGAAAAAUGUCGUUCUUAACUAGGGAAAACGUUACGCAGCAUUGUCGUACUUGUUUGAAGAGCUUAAACAUAGAUAAUAACAAUUUAAUAACAAGUUUCGCUGCAGCUGAGGAGGCACCCGAGUUCAAAGACUUUUCGAUAAGCAUCGGUAAUAAUGAAGAUAUACAAAAACUUAUCACUCUAUACAUGGACGGUGUUUUGACUGGAGAAGCAGCUGAAAGUAUGCUGGAAGAUUACCCCCAGUGUGUGUGCAUCUGCUGCUAUAAUAAAUUACAAAACAUUCAUACAUUUGGUCAAAAAAUAAAGAGAAGUGCUCAAAAACUGCAGGCGCUUUUGUGGCAGGGAGUUGCGAAAGUUGAGAUUGGUGAAGAUGAAAAUGAAAACCAACAGAAAUACGAAAAUGAAGUUAGUUCUAUGCAGGAUGAACGGGAUAUAUAUAAAUUGCUGCUUAAGGAUGCUCUAAUGGAAACGGAAACCGUUAUUUUAGAAACACAAAAUGCUGAAAGUAUAGAUAGCAAAGGUGUUGUAGAUCCUGAUCCCUUUGACACCUCAAUGUCGGUAAAACUGAAGGAUAUGCAACGUGAUUCGCAGCGUGAGGCAAUGCAUGAAGAAAGCAACGAUCAAGAAUGGGAAACCUAUAGUCAA